AUGCCGCUGCCCCUUCUGGUCCAUGGAUCGGGGGUGCCUUGCGCUCCUGCCCAGAGGCGAGGCGUGAUACUCGUGACCCCAUUCAGCGACCUCUCCCUCCGGUCCCCUUCGAAUGAGGACGAGGCGGUGGGGAACACAUCCUCUCUUGAACCGCUUUUCCUCUGGGAACGAGAGCGUGAGCUGUACGGGCCCAAGAAGAGAGGACCUAAGCCUAAAACUUUUCUCCUGAAGGCUCGGGCCCAAGCGGAGGCCCUCCACAUUGGGGAUGUACACUUUUCUGUCAAGCCUGGUUCCAGCACCUCCUCUCCCAAGCUCCACUCCAGCGCCGCAGUGCACCGGCUCAAGAAAGACAUCCGGCGAUGCCACCGCAUGUCCCGGCGCCCCCUGCCCCGUCCAGACCCCCAGAACGGCGGGAGCGUGGGUGGCGGGGCUGGCAUCCGUCCUCCCGUCUCGCCCUUCUCGGAGACCGUCCGCAUCAUCAACCGUAAGGUGAAACCCCGCGAGCCCAAGCGCAGCCGCAUCAUCCUCAACCUCAAACAGGAGCUGCCAGCCCGCACCAAUGGCUCAGCGCCCACCGCCCCGGCGCUCGCCCGUGACACCCUCCACAGCAAGAUGGAGCAGCUGGAGGAGCAGCUCCUCUCCAAGAUCCUGACCCUGCAGAAGGAGCGCCAGGCUGCCAGCACCGACCACAGCCAGCAGCAGCACAACAUCGAGAAGGAGCUGAACUCCCUCCAGAACCGGGUGACAGAGCUGGAACACGGUGAGUCCUGCUACAGCCCUCCCGACGCCUUCAAGGUGACCAUCCCAGUGCAGAACAACUACAUGUACGCCCGCAUGAAGAAGAGCCUGCCAGAGCUCUACGCCUUCACCAUCUGCAUGUGGCUGAAGUCCAAGGCCCUGGCAGGGCUCGGCACCCCUUUCUCCUACUCCGUCCCAAGCCAAGCCAACGAGAUCGUGCUGCUGGAGUGGGGCACCAACCCCCUGGAACUGCUCAUCAAUGACAAGGUUGCCCAGCUGCCGCUGAGCCUGAAGGACAAGGCCUGGCACCACGUCUGCGUGGCAUGGACCACUCGGGAUGGCAAGUGGUCGGCAUACCAGGAUGGCGAGCAGCGGGGCGCCGGCGAGAACUUGGCCUCCUGGCACGCCAUCAAGCCGCAGGGCGUCAUCAUCCUGGGCCAGGAGCAGGACACGCUGGGCGGCCGCUUUGACGCCACGCAGGCCUUUGUGGGAGAGCUGGCACAGUUCAGCGUGUGGGACCACAUGCUGGCACCGGUGGAGAUCCUGGGCUUGGCCAACUGCACCUCCCACCUCCAAGGCAACGUGAUCCAGUGGGAUGACCAGGCGGUGGAGGUCUUUGGGGGCGCCAGCAAGGGGGGCUUCACCGCCUGCGAAGAAGGGAGGAAGGCGUGA